ACUAAGGGGGACCCUGCUGGGAACUCCCUGCCGCGGCGCCGGACCCGGUUGCUGCUGCUGCUGCUCCCACUGCUGCUCCCGCCGACACCAGAACCAUUGGUCUCCGGGCAGAGGCUCGCCAGGCUGAAGCAUGAGCUCCGACUGCGACGUGGUGGUGAUCGGGGCAGGCAUCUCAGGUCUGUCAGCAGCUAAGCUGUUAUCUGAAUCUGGACUUAAGGUUGUGGUUUUAGAAGCACGAGACAGAGUUGGUGGACGAACGCACACAAUUAGGAACAAGCAAGUGAACUAUGUAGAUGUUGGCGGAGCCUACGUAGGGCCUACACAGAAUCAAAUUCUGCGACUGGCUAAAGAACUUGGCAUAGAAACAUAUAAAGUGGAUGUAGAUGAUGCCGGGAUCCUGCACACAAAUGGGAAAUCCUACCCGCUCUAUGGCUUCUUUCCUUCAACAUGGAAUCCUUUCACAUACCUAGAUUUUAACAAUUUAUGGAGAACAAUGGAUGAACUGGGGGAAAAGAUACCUGCUGAAGCACCCUGGGAUGCACCAUUUGCUGAAAAACUGGACAAAAUGACAAUGAAAGAGUUUAUUAACAAACAUUGCUGGACAAAAGCUGCCAAUGAUUAUGCUACUCUCUUUGUAAAUGUCAACAUAACUUCUGAAACACAUGAAGUCUCUGCCCUUUGGUUUCUUUGGUAUGUGAAGUUAUGUGGGGGAACAACACGGAUCUUUUCUGUCACAAAUGGAGGGCAGGAGAGGAAGUUUGUUGGGGGUUCUGGACAGAUUUCAGAAAAGAUCAUGGAACUACUCAAGGACAAUGUUAAACUGGAGAGACCUGUAGUUCACAUUGAUCAGUCUGGUGACAGCAUCAUUGUGAAGACACUUAACCAUGAGACUUAUAAGGGCAGGUAUGUGAUCAGUGCCAUUCCCCCAGUCUUAACCACAAAGAUUCAUUUCGAGCCAGCACUUCCUACUAAAAGAAACCAGUUAAUCCAGCGCAUUCCCAUGGGCUCUGUCAUUAAAUGCAUGAUGUACUACAAAGACGCCUUCUGGAAGAGGAUGGGAUUUUGUGGUGCCAUGAUGAUUGUGGAUGAAGAGGCUCCUAUUUCAGUAACCUUAGAUGACACUAAACCUGAUGGGUCUGUGCCUGCCAUUAUGGGUUUCAUCCUUGCAAGAAAGGCAUUUAGAUUAGCAGAACUUAGCAAAGAAGAGAGGAAGAAAAGAAUAAGUGAACUGUAUGCAAAAGUGUUGGGAUCAGAAGAAGCAUUACAUCCAGUACAUUAUGAAGAAAAAAACUGGGGUGCAGAACAAUAUUCUGGCGGUUGCUAUACAGCCUAUUUUCCACCAGGCAUUAUGUCCCAAUACGGAAGGAUAAUUCGUCAGCCAGCUGGAAGGAUCUACUUUGCUGGCACUGAAACAGCUACACAGUGGAGUGGCUACAUGGAAGGAGCCGUACAGGCUGGAGAGAGAGCUGCCAGAGAGAUAUUAUGCAACAUGGGAAAGAUUUCAAAGAGUGACAUUUGGCUAACAGAACCAGAAUCAAAGGAUGUUCCAGCUCUCCCAAUCACAACUACCUUUUUGGAAAGGAAUUUACCAUCUGUCACAGGACUUCUGGUCCUUCUGGGAUUUUCUUCCCUCUUCACUUCAUUGGCUGCAGUUGGACUCUUUGCUUACAAAAAGGGACUUAUCCCCCGAGCAUGUAUCUAAUUUAACAAAUGCUAUCUCCCCUCACACUAUGGAUGUUAUCCUUCAAGAUGAGUCUUUCAGACUCUUUUUGGGACACCUGAAUCAACUCAGUCAAAUCAAUUCAAUACAUGACCCAUGGAGCAAGUGAUGUUUUAUUUUCUUUCCUCAUUUACUUUGCUUGAUUGAAAGUCAGUGACCUUUCUUCUCACUGCAUUCUAUCCAUCCCCUGGUGAUACUAAUGAGAACAAACCAGAACAGAUUUUGCACAUUUUCCAAUGUCUUUGGAAACCAUCUGCUUGUCUUAAUUUUUAAAAGAAACAAAAUCUUAUGGUGAACAAAUAAAUAUUCAACUCUUAUUCUAGUGGCUGAUUAAGCCAGAUGCUUGGUCUGUCAAGUGCCUCAUAUUCUUACUGCUUUUGGAAAAAACUGCUAAUGUUUUUCAGCUAUUAUGUACUGAAUAUCAAACCCACAAUGGAUUUGAAUGCAGUGAAAUAAAUAAUGUUAAAUGGAGAAGCAAAUUAAGAGUGAAAAGACCCUUUCCCAGGAGUUACAUAAAAAGGUUCCUUAGUUAUUUUACUAAGUACUGCAUUAUAGGAAAAUAUUUAGACUCCAGGGUUUUGGAGACUUAUUUUUUGUAACGAAGUUCUAGGAAUCCACAAUCAGUCUGACUGGUGGUCCACACUUCUACUCCAGUGUCGAUAAUAACCACUGCUUGAAAGACAUUUGGCCAAUAGUGGUCUUUUUAGAAGACUUAACCACAACCCUCAUCUUUCCCAGAGCUUUAAAAUGUUGCUUUUUUGAGGCUGUGACUUCCAGACCAUGGUAGUGGAUGUGUAAGCUGGUGGACUUGGUGAGUUGUAAUGAAAAUAUUUUCCAUGAUCUAGAAUAAUAGGAUUUGAGAGGUCUUGUAAUCUCAGUAGUUUACUCUUAUGUACUCUGCAGGAUUCUAGUGUUCCUAGCAGGUGGCUGUAUCUAGUCUUUGCUCAAGGAAAUCUAGGGAGGAUCAACCCACCGCUCUCCAUUGGUAUUUUCCCCUUUACUGAACUUAAUGUCAAAAUGUUCAAACCUGCAAAUGCAGUAUCCUUCAUCCAGAAUUACAAAAUCCAAAAUACUGCGAAAUCUGAAAUUCUCCACAUGGAUGGCCAGGAUAGUGACACCUCUGCUUUCUGAUGUUUUAAUGUACACACACUUUGUUUUAUGCACAAAAUUACUAAAAUAUACUAUACAAAAUUACCUCCAGGCUUUGUGUUUAAUGUGUGUAUGGAAUAUGAAUGAAUUUCAAGUUUAGACAUCUCCAAGAUAUCUCAAAAUGGGAUUUCAGAUAUAGCAAACUCUGAAAAGAAUCCCAGACACUUCUAAAUUCCAAAACACUUCUCACCCUAAGCAUUUGUGAUAAGGGAUAUUCAAUCCAUACUUGUUGAAGCAUGUUGUGUCUAGUUUUGUGCUUUGGGAUAGCAAAGAAGAAGGUCUCUACUGUAAUACUUUCAGACAUUGAAAGAAAACACAUCUCCCAGUAGUCUUUUCUUUUCUAUUUGUUUGUUAGAAGGCAACAUUCAGACAUGGACAUAAUACUUCAGAUGUGGUCUGACUAAUGGAGACACACCCCUCAAUACUUUAUAAACCCAUCUGAUUGUAUUUUGCCAUUACUCCCCUCCUCUCCUAUGAGCAAAUUGUAGAACACGUAAUUUAAAACAGACUCAGAAAGCUGUGAUUUUGGAGUGCAACAGAAAGAGCUUUUUCAAUUGUGGCAAUAGCCAAUAAAAAUCAGGUGUAUUUUAUUACCUUCCUCUCCCUUUGUUCCUACCACAAUCCUAUAAAGGCUCCUUCCACACAUGCAUUAUAACUCAGAUUAAACCGGGGUAAAAGGGGGGGGGGGUAGCUAAAUGACAUUUAGCUAAAAUGCAGAAGGAAUUGGGUUAAAGGCUGUUUAAAAGUUGCCCUUUAAACCCGAUUCUUCCUGAGAAACACACAUUUUUCCAUGCCUGUGUAUCCCUGCAGGCAUGGGAAAAAGUUUUCCUUCCUCCCUCCAGUCUGGACUCCCUCCUGCCUCAUAUGUCCCUCUCAACUUACAGGACAAAGCUUUCCAUGCAAGCCGGCAGCCAUUGUCUUUGUUCCUCCUCCCUGGAAGAUCCAAUGGGGGCCUUGGAGCAGAAAUCCCCCCUCUCCUACCCAAAGCCCUCCUUCUUCACUUCCAACGGAGGGGGGAAGGAGGCAGGGAGUCUUCAGGUCUUGUCCAGUCUUCUCCCAGUAAAUGCAGAGGGAAAUGGGGGGGGGAGGGGAAACUGGCAGUGCGAGUGCCCACCCCUGAUGAUCUCAGAUCAGCAGGGGUGAGUAUCUGGACAAACAUACCCCUGUAAAAUCGCAGGGUUUAGGCCAGCUGUGUGGUCUCCAUCCUGAGAGGAAGUGGAAUUUAAAAUCCCAAUUGCUCUUGCAUUUUUUGCUUGUCUGGAAGGGCCUUGAAGUAGGUUAAACUGAGAAACAAUUGGUUGAAUCUGGUGUCCCUUCCACGCAGCUGUAUAAAAUCCACAUUGAACUGGAUUAUAUGACAGUGUGGACUCAGAUUUCCAGUUCAAAGCAUAUAUUGUGGAUUAUUUGCCUUAAUAUUUUGGGUUAUAUGGCUGUGUGGAAGGGCCCUUGGUUUAAUCCAAAGCAUAGCAGAUCUAUCAAAGUUCUCCUCAAGUGUAGCUAUGUAUUCAGCGUGGUGACUGAACCAUAAUCAGCUAUCAAGCAGGUAUUUUGAAACUAAUUGUCUUCUAAAUAUGCCUGUUACACUGCUAAUUCAAGGUAGUAAAUGCACUAAAUUGUUCGUUUAAAAUAAUUUUCCCUCCUACCAUUUUAGCAUCUAUAAAAAUUAAUCCCUGGACAAAUGACAUCCUGGUUACAUGUGAAUCUGUAUAUUCUCAUCAGUAACCAUUUUGGUGAAAUAGUAGAAAGGUUCUGCCUGUCUUUGUAAUUUAGUGAAAUGUGCCUUUUGAACAUGCCUUGAAUUGCCAUUAAAGUAUCAAUUUAAAACAC